GCUCGGGCACCCCACGUGUUCCUUUUCGCAAAGUUGCCGCCGUCAUGGAGGGUCCGCGGACACAGGCCGUUAAAUUAGCGCGGGUUACCAAAGUUCUUGGAAGAACUGGGUCCCAGGGACAGUGUACACAGGUUCGUGUGGAAUUUAUGGAUGACAGCAACCGAUCCAUCAUUCGGAAUGUGAAAGGGCCAGUCCGUGAGGGAGAUGUGCUUACGCUUUUGGAGUCUGAGCGUGAAGCAAGAAGAUUACGAUAGCAGGUAUGCCAUCUGCCAACAGAAGCUCCUCCUCUAAAGAACUGCUAUAGACACUUGGAAACCAUUCUGGACUAAAUGGAAUAAUAAAUUGUAUAACUGGCUAAUCUUUUAAUAUGGAA